UUUGUACAGGAAAGUGAUGUUGCAGAACUAUAGGAGCCUGGUAUCACUGGGAGUUUCAGUUUCUAAGCCAGAUGUGAUCUCAUUAUUGGAGCAAGGAAAAGAGCCCUGGAUGGUGAAGAAGGAGGGGACAAGAGGAGCAUGCCCUGGUGAGUGAGAGAGAACUAGGCAGGCAGAGGCCAUUGCAAGGAAAAGCUCAGCUAUUCUGGAAAGUUCCAGCUCAUAAUUGAUGUUUCCUGGGUAGCCUGAAAAGGCUCAAGGCCUGGAAAGAAACACUGUGGUGUGUCUAGCGUGAGUUCCCCAACCUAACUCUCCUCACACAUUAUGUGUGUAUAUUUUCUCUCACACAUAACUGUCUUCUCUGAUAACAUUUUCUUAUUCUCUGGAUGCAGAUGUCACAGUUAUCUCCUUGUCCUUGCUUUUUAGUUUUACACACAUUGCUCCAUUCUAUGUUUAAAAAUCCAGACAGAGCAAUGCAUAUUUUUUCCUCUUUGGUCACUCAUUCCUUUCAGAUUGAAGGAUUGAUUCAUUUACUUAUUCACUUGAUUCACUGAAUUUCUACUUUCAUAAAAUCAUUCUGCUCAAUUUUUAGGAUUAUUCAGAGGUUUAUAAACCAUCAAAGAAAAGAUAAAGCAUUUCCAGUUGUAUUUUCAAGUCUGGGUAACUGGAAAGUGAUAGCAUUUAAUAGAAACAAGUCAGAAGAAAGAACAGGUUGGUAGAGGAAAAGAUGAAUUUGGCUUGGGACAGUAAGAGACUUAUUUUUAAGAGAUGGGGAGAUUGCCAAGGGAAGAUAUGCAAUGUAUGAUUGGAGGGAGAUGGAGGCUAAGAAGAAAAAGUCUGAUUUAGAGAUGUUAGUGUGAAGGAAUGAGGUCAUAGUCUUCCAAGUUUGAGAGAAAAGUCCUGGUACUUGGGUCUUUGUGGGGAAGUGGACCUUUGACAACUUUCUCAAUGUCCUCUCUGGUAAAUAACGUCCCUAUAGUUUCUUCCUUGGGUUAAAUUAUAUAAAUUUAAAUUUUUCUAGUUAGUUACCCUUUUCAUUUAGGUUACAGAUUUAUUUCUAUGAACCUGAGCAUAAUAAUCGCUUAUAAUUGUUUUUCUUUUAUAUCUGGUAAUUUCCAAUUUUAAUUUAUUUUACAUAGCUGUUAUUUAAAAAAAAAUUGUUUGCUACUCAUUAGUCAAUUUUGUUAAUUUUUAUUUAUUUUUAAAAUCCAGCUUUUGGAUGUAUCUGUUAAAUAUAAAAUAUAGUGUCAUCAUUCUUCUCUUUUCUAAUUCUCUAUUUUCUGUUUUUCUCUUUACUAAUUCUUUCCAUCUAAUUUCCUUAGGUUUAUUUUGUUUUCCAUUUUGCUGAAAAAAACUUAAACUAUUAAUUUCAUUUUCUCAUUCACUAAUGACAUUAUUAGGAGUUUUAAUUUUCUUCUGAAUAUAGCUUUAGGUGACUUCCAUAGAUUCUGAUAUGUAGUUGUUUUUCUUAUUUCCAUUUCCUAGACAACCUAUUUUUUUAAAAAUUCCUUUUUACACAAGAGUUGUUUAAAAGAAAGUUUUCUUGUUUUAUUGUAUCUUGAUCAAAUUGUUUUAUCAUAUUUGAUCAGGAUAGUAAUUAGUACUAAUUCUACUCUCUAACGAUUUGAGGAUUUUAUAUGUCCUAAUAUAGCAUUAGUUUUCUUUAACGGUUCCAUAGGUUCCGAGGUAUAGUCUCUAUUUUCAGUGUAAAGAGCUUAUUACAUGAGUUUCUUUUUUUAUUACGUUACUAAAGUCUCUCUUUACUUAAUCUUUCUUCAUUCCAUCUAUAAUUUGUUCUUUCUUAUUUUUGGCUGCAUUGGGUCUUAGUUGUGGCACGUGUGAUCUUUCAUUAUUGCGCACAGGCUCUUCAUUGUGGUGCUUGGGUUUCUCUCUAGUUGUGGCAUGCAGGCUCAGUAGCCACACGGCAUGUGGGAUCUUAGUUCCCCAACCAGGAACUAAGAAGGCGGAUUCUUUACCACUGGACCACCAGGGAAGUCCCUAUAAUAUUUUUCUUAAUAACUAAUUAUUUACAUACAGUAAAUUGCAUUCAUAUAAAUUACACAAUGUGAUGAGUUCUGCCAGUUGUAUAUGUCCAUGAAACCAUCACCACAAUCAAGACAUAAAACGUUUCCGUCACCCCAGAAUAUAGCUUGUACCUCUAUGCAGUUCAUUCUUCACUCCUGGCUCCAAACACUAAUCUGAUAUUUGUCAUUUUAGAUUACUUUGCAUUUAAACUAAAUGGAAUCAUACUGUUAUGUGUGGCUUAUUUUGUCAUCAAAAUUAUUUUGAAAAUCAUAUUGUUUCAUAUAUAAAUAAUUUACUCCUUUUGUUUCUGAGUAGCAGUCUAUUGUAUAGAUGUUCCACACUUUUUCCAUUCACCUGUUGAUGCACUUUUGGGUUGUUUGCAGUUUGGGGCUAUAUGAAGUGGUCACAUACAGGACUUUGUGUGGACAUACGUUUUCAUUUCUCUUAGGUAAAUAUCUGAAAGUGGAAAAACUGAGCCAUAUGACAGGAAUAUGUUUAAAUUUUUAAGAAACUGCCAGAUAGUUUUCUAAAGAAAUUGUAUCAUUUUCAUUCCCACCAGCACUGUAGAAGAGUUCCAGUUGCUCUACAUCCUCACCAUAUCUUGGUGAGGUUUUUUCUUUUUUAAAAUAAUUUUAUUGAAGUAUAGUUGAUUUACAAUGUUCUGUUAAUUUUUGCUGUGCAGCAAAGUGAUUCAGUUACAUAUAUAUAUUCUUUUCCAUUAUGGUUUAUCACAGGAUACUGAAUAUAGUUUCCUGUGCUACACAAUAGGACCUUGUUAUUUAUUCAUCCUAUAUAUUGAUAUAAUACUUUGCAUCUGCUAAUCCCAAAAUCCCAAUCCUUCUCUCCCCCACCCCUCCUCCCCCUUGGCAAACAUAAGUCUGUUCUCUAGAUGAAUCUGUUUCUGUUUUGCAAAUAUAUUCAUUUGUAUUGUAUUUUAGAUUCCACAUAUAAGUGAUACCAUAUGGUAUGUCUUUCUCUUUCUGACUUACCUGGCUUAGUAUGAUGAUCUCUAGGUCCAUCCAUGUGCUGCAGAUGGCAUUAUUUCAUUCUUUUUUAUAGCUGAGUAAUAUUCCAUUAUGUGUAUGUAUGUAUGUAUAUAUGUGUGUGUGUGUGUAUGUAUACACACACAUAUGUACCGUAUCUCCUUUAUCCAUUCACCUGUUGAUGGACAUUUAGGUUGUUUCCAUGUCUUGGCUAUUGUACAUAGUGCUGCAUGUAUCUUUUUGAAUUAUAGUUAUGUCUGGAUAUAUGCCCAGGAGUGGGAUUUCUGGAUCAUAUGGCAAGUCUAGUGUUUUGAGGAACCUCCAUACUGUUUUCCAUAGAGGUUGCAUCAAUUUACAUUCCCAUUAACAAUGUAGGAGGGUUCCCUUUUUGGUGAGCUAUUUUUAGUUUUAUCCAUUCUAAUGAUUGUGUUAUGGUAUCUCGUAGUUUUAGUAUGUAUUUAUCUGAUGACUAAUGAUGUUGAGGAUCUUUUCAUGUGCUUAUUGGCCAUUCAUAUAUCUAUUAUGAAGUAUUUGUUCAAAUCUUUUGCCCAUGUUUUAUUAGGUUGUUUUGUUAUUAUUGUAAAAGUUCUUAAUACUGGUAUACUUCAUUUUAUUGUGCUUCACUUUAUUGUACUUCGCAGAUAUUGCACUUUUUACAAAUUGAAGGUUUGUGGUGACCCUGCGUUGUCAGAUGAUGGUUAGUACUUUUUAGCAAUAAAGUGCUUUUUAAUUAAGGUAUGUAAACUGAUUUUUUUUUAGACUUAAUGCUAUUGCACACUUAAUAGACUACAGUAUAGUGUAAACAUAACUCUUACAUGCACUGGGAAACCAAAAAAUUCGUGUGACUCGCUUAAUUGCAACAUUCAUUUUAUUGGGGUGGCCUCGAACUGAACCCAUGAUACCUCUGAGGUAUGCCUGUAUAGUCCUGAUACAAAUUCUUUGUCAUUUAUGUGUAUUGAGAUAUACGUACCAAUUGUGACUUGUAUUUUUAUUUUCCUACUACUGUCUUUUGAACAUCCAAAGUUUUCAAUAUUUGUUAAGUCCAAAUUAUUGCCUUGGUUUGUCCCUUUUGCGUCAUAUCUAAGAAAGUCUUGCUACCCGCAGGUCACAGACAUUUUCUUCUGUGUUUUCACCUAGGAAUUUUAUCAUUUUGGCUUUAUAUUUUGGUAUAUGUUCCAUUGAGCCAAUUUUUGUGCCUUGUGUGAGGUAAAGGUUGAAGUUCUUUUUUCUUUUUUCCCAAUUUGUAUAUAUAGUUUCUCCAGUACCCUUUCUUUUAAAGACUUUCCCUUCCCCAUUAUAUUAUCUUGUUGGUACCUUCACUGAAAAUCAUUUGACCGUAUAUGCAUGCAUUAAGUUCUAAACUCUGUCCUUUCACCAGUACCACACUGUCUUGAUUACUGUAGGUUUAUAGUAAAUUUUGAUAUCAGUUCAAUUUGUAAAAUCACUUUGACUACUUUAAUAUAUCAUUUGCAUUUCCAUAUAAAUUCUAGGAUGAAGUUGAGAAUUUCUACCCAGAAAUCCUCCUGGGGUUUUGUUUGGGAUUGUGUUGAAUCUAUGUAUCAGUUUGGAGAGAAAUGACAUCCUAAUAUCAUUUUUUUCAAUUCCUGAGUAUGGUUUAUUUAGCCAUUUUUUACAGUCUUAAUUUCUCUUAGCAGUGUUUUGUCCUAUCCAGUGUAGUGGUCUUAUAUUUAUAAGUAUUAUAUUUAUAUAGCUAUAUACAAAAAAUAUACUUAUAUCUAAAAUUUUUUUCCCUGAGUCUUAUUUUUUUUGGUGCUUUUAUAUUAAAAAGACCAUUUUCCAAUUGUUUGCUGCUAGUAUGUAAAAAUGUAAAUUGAUUUUUAAAAUUUUUUUAUUGAAGUAUAGUUCAUUUACAAUGUUGUUAGACUUUUAUAUUAACUUUACAUCUUUUGACCUUGCUGGAUUGAUUUAGCAGUUGUUCUAGUAGUUGUUUUGUUUUGUAAGUUCCUGAGGAUUUUCUGCAUGAACAUUUUUUCUGCAAAUACAGUUUUAUUUCUUCCUUUCUGAUCUUUAUGUCUUUUUCUUGAUUAAUUGUAAUAGCUAGGACCUCCUGUAAAAUGUUGAAUAGAAUUGGUAAGAGCAUAUAUACUUGCAUUGUUGUAAGGGGAAAUGUAUUCACUCUUUCACUGUUGAUGUUACAGAUUUUUCAUAGAUGCCCUUUAUCAGCUUGAGGAAUUUCCUUUCUGUUCCUGGUUUGCCGAGAAUUUUUAUAAUAAACAGGUGUUGAAUUUUUUUUGCGGUACAUGGGCCUCUCACUGUUGUGGCCCCUCCUGUUGCGGAGCACAGGCUCCAGACGUGCAGGCUCAGUGGCCAUGGCUCACGGGCCCAGCUGCUCCAUGGCAUGUGGGGUCUUCCCAGACUGGGGCACGAACCCGUGUCCCCUGCAUCAGCAGGUGGACUCUCAACCACUGUGCCACCAGGGAAGCCCUACAGAUUGGGAGUAUGCAUUUAAAAACAAUGAAUUUUCAUCAAAGCAAGUUAUUUAUGAGGAAUCAUCCAAAGUAAGGACAAUGGGAAGAAGCCAUCUUAGUUAUAACCUUGACUGCUCCAAUUUGAGAGAAGACUCUAAAAAUGAGGACUGGUUUAAGAACCACUUGGGAAGUCAGGAGAUACAGUCUAGUCAAUUGAUCAUCACUCAUAAAGAAAUCCUGACUAAAGAUCAAAGUAAUGAAUAUACUAAAUCUUGGCAAACUUUCCAUCAUCAGGAUGCAAUCUUUGAUAUAAGGCAGAGUUUUCCCACCAAAGAAAGAAUACAUAAGCAUGAGCCACGAAAGAGAAGCUACCGGAAAAAAUCUGUUGAAAUGAAACGUAAGAAAGUCUAUGUAGAAAAGAAACUUUUGAAAUGUAAUGAAUGUGAGAAGGUUUUCAACCAGAGCUCAUCUCUUACUCUUCAUCAGAGAAUUCACACUGGAGAGAAACCCUAUGCAUGUGUUGAAUGUGGGAAAACCUUCAGCCAGAGUGCAAACUUAGCUCAACAUAAGAGAAUACAUACUGGAGAGAAACCCUAUGAAUGUAAAGAAUGUAGGAAAGCCUUUAGCCAGAAUGCCCAUCUUGCUCAACAUCAGAGAGUUCAUACUGGAGAGAAACCUUAUCAGUGUAAAGAAUGUAAAAAAGCCUUCAGCCAGAUUGCACACCUGACUCAACAUCAGAGGGUUCAUACUGGGGAAAGACCUUUUGAAUGUAUUGAAUGUGGAAAGGCCUUUAGUAAUGGCUCAUUUCUUGCUCAGCAUCAGAGAAUUCACACAGGAGAGAAGCCUUAUAUAUGUAACGUGUGUGGGAAAGCCUUCAGCCAUCGAGGAUACCUAAUUGUACAUCAGAGAAUUCAUACUGGAGAGAGACCCUAUGAAUGUAAGGAAUGUAGGAAAACCUUCAGCCAGUAUGCACACCUGGCUCAACAUCAGAGAGUUCAUACUGGAGAGAAACCUUAUGAGUGUAAAGUAUGUAGGAAAGCUUUCAGCCAGAUUGCAUACCUUGAUCAACAUCAGAGGGUUCAUACUGGAGAGAAGCCCUAUGAAUGUAUCGAAUGUGGGAAGGCCUUUAGCAACAGCUCGUCACUUGCACAACAUCAGAGAAGUCAUACCGGAGAGAAACCUUACAUGUGUAAGGAAUGCAGGAAAACAUUUAGCCAGAAUGCAGGCCUUGCUCAACAUCAGCGAAUUCACACUGGAGAGAAACCUUACGAAUGUAACAUUUGUGGGAAAGCCUUUAGCUACAGUGGAUCUCUUACUCUACAUCAAAGAAUUCAUACUGGGGAAAGACCCUAUGAAUGUAAGGAUUGCAGGAAAUCUUUCAGGCAGCGAGCACACCUUGCUCAUCAUGAGAGAAUUCAUACCAUGGAGUCAUUCUUGACUCUUUCCUCCCCCUCACCCUCCGUGUCCAGUCAGUUGCCAAGACCUGUAGGUUCUAUCUCCUAAAUAUGCCUUGAAUCUGACUCUAAUUAAUUUCCAUUCUGUCAUCUUUGUCCAGUACACAAUAAUCUAUCUGACAUGGACUAUGGAAAUAACUCUCUAAUUGAUCUCCCUGUGUUUACCAUUUCCUGCUAGUAGUGCAUAUUACAGUCAAACUUGUGUUUAAAAAGUUUAAUCAUAUCACUUCUCCAUCAUUAAAACCCUUCAUUGGCAUCCCAUAGGUCUUAGGUCAAGGCACACAUUCCUCAAAAUAGCCUAAAAGACCUCCAACCCCCAAUACUUUGUUCCAGUCUACAUUUCAGAGUCCCAUCUCAUGUUACCCACCUCAUUCUUUGGCUAAUUAUCAACAUUAAGAAUUUACAGUGCAGCAUCAAAUAGAUCUGGGUUCCAAUUCUUACUCUUCCAUUUUCUGGCCCCCUAGUUUUGGAGAAACCUUUUGUCCCUUGUAAGCUUCAGUCUUUUUAUUUAUAUUAUGGAAAAUAAUAAUGGUACUACCUCAAGUUAAUGUAAGGAUUAAAUGAGAUAAUGCAUGUGAACUGCUCAGCAGAGUGCCUAGCAUAAAGUAAUCACUCAAUAAACACUAAUGUAAAAUAAAAAGGUACUAUGAAAAAAGAAUAUCAUCUCAGCAAUGAUUACCCGCGAAAUAAUAA